AUGGCCGACAACGUUCUUACUUCCAGUGUUGAGGUCGGAGCUCAAGCUAUCAAUGUUCGUGCAGAAUUGAAAACAUGGGAGAAAGCCUUCUCGUCAGCCAAUGGGGGCCGCAAAGCCGGACGCGAUGAUAUCAAACAAAACGCGGAUAUUGCGGCUAAAUACAAGGAAUAUAGUCGCCUCAAGGCCCUUGAGGCAUCCCUAAGCCGACGCGAAAACAGUCGACAGGAGCCAUAUGAAAGUCACUCGAAAAAGCGGAAACAUGCAUCUCCCCCCGGCCAGGAUAGCGCAUAUCUCCAAGUCACACCCCGGAAAUCAUCUAGAGGACUCUUUGCGACUCCAUCCAACAAUCGCACCAAGCACCACCCUGCACAGCUCGAUCCGUAUGACUCGCCAUCAACUCUUCGCAGACUCUUUAGUCCCAGUACACAUCGACAAGGACCACCAGCACCGUCACCAUUCAAGGCCGCAAUUGGGCCUACGCCUCAGCGUGAUGGAAAGACAUUGGGCCUCUUCGAUAUGCUAUCUGAAUCUGGUGGGAGUGGCGGAACGCCUUCCGCAGAAAGGCAAACGAAUAACCUAGCUGCCGCGUUCCGAACUCCCUCCAAAAAAAGGAUGAACACGAUGCCUCAGGUUCCGGAAGAAGAGCCUCAGCAGGAGACGCCCAGGCUUGCGCGAACCCCUGCGUCUGAGACCAAGCAGUUCUAUCUUGCAAAUCUAUUUGCAACACCGACAACUAUGCGUUAUGCCGCUAUGGUGGAGGCGGAUGAUAAUGUAGAUUCCCAAAAGAUAAAUCCGCUAAACCUGGUGCCCGAAAUAUCACCCCAAGAAGCGCAGUCUGGCACCCCAUCUUUCCUCCGUCGCUCCAACUCUGGACGAUACCCCCCACCUACCGAACAGCAUGAUGGUCCAGGACUCAGUCCUAUUGUUUCGCGCAAGCCACAAAGAUUCGCUAGCAAGGGGCUGACGCAUUUGGUCCAAGGACUGCGGGAUAUGGAAGAGGAUCGUAUGGAAGACGACUGGGAUGUGAUGCGCGAGAUGGAGGAAGAGGCAGAGGCGGAAGAAGCUGCCAAGAUCCAGGUUGAGGACAGUCAAGGACCAGAGGUGAACCGGAAGUACAAGAAGAAGGGCCAAAAGCGGACGACGCGAAGAGUGAUUAUGAGGCCAGUUAUCCAUCAACUGAAGCCCAAAUCAAACCCAGCUCCUGCGAUGGACGAGGAUUGGGAAGGCGAGGAUGAUGUUACAGCAGUUCUGGAGACACAACAUCCACCUGCUGCUAAUGACGGCUGGGACGAUGUCCCUAGUGACAUUGAGCGGGCAGACGAGGCCGCUUCCCUUCAUACUAUGUCAGAACCGGAGCUUGAUACCGAGGCCGAGUUUGAUCCGGACUCGGACGAUGAUCCCGAAUUCGGAGAAGAGCCAAAGCCUGUUUCUAGACCGAAGAGUUUCUCGGAGAGAAUCAAGGAAGCUGUUUCAUCUGCUGCGAAGUCACAGGAACAAGAACCCUUGGGCAAACCUCCGAAGAAGCCUUCUGAGGCUGCGGAAGCAAAAAAACCUCGUGCCCGGAAGAUCAAUCCCCAAGCUCAUGCCAACUAUCGAUCAAUAAACAUCAACAGAGGAGGUUCCUCGCGGGGUAGAGGGCGUUUCCGCCGGAAGUAA